UUUUUUUUCUCUCAGUAUUUGACUGUAUUGGAGAAAGCAAGUAGCAGUCGUGACCCACUUAAUAAUAAAGAGAAAUUUUUUUCAAAGAAAUUAUUCCUUUCAUUUCAUUUCAUUACCUGCCCUAAGACAAUGAGUGAGCAGUAGCGAUUAGAGAAGACACUGCUGCACAGAGAGAAGGAAAGAGGAUAGCUUUAUUUUCUUUUUUUCUUUCUAUUUUUUGUUGCCUUUUUCCCACUCUCUACACAGCUAGAUAUGGUUAUUAUUUUACAUGAUAAGUCAUUCAUUCAUAUCCUUUUCUAAAUACCCUUUUGAUAAUUUCUUCAAUCUCCUGUAAUUCUUUGGUGAAUUCGAGUUCAAAGGCACUGUUCAUUCAGGAGUGAUUAUUAUUAUUGCUAUUAUCAUUAUCCUUUUUCUGUUGCUUUUGGUUGUUCUUUGCUUUCUCUCUUUCAUUACUUUUAUUUACCUGAUCUGGGUUUGAUGAUUACUCCCCCUUCUUUCUGGGAGCUUGUUGAGGAAACUUACUAGUGAGUUAGAGUGAGAAAGAGGAUAGCUUUUUGGUAUAAGAGAGAGAAAAGGAUUGCAUUUUUAUUUGAGGGGUUUUUGGUUGUAUUUGAUUUAUCUCUUGUUCUAAAAGGUUAAAGGUUGGUCUAAAAUGCCGAUGUACCAGCCUAAUAGUCAUAGAAGAGAGGGAAACAUGAAGUUAGAUGUGGGUAGUGGUGGGCAAGUGUUAGAUCUGGAAACAGCUGUUAAAGAUGGCAUUUUAGGUGGUAGUGGUGGUGGGUUGAUUUCAACUGCAGGUGUUGAGAAAUUGGAUCUGAAGAAGAUGAUUGAAGAGCUCGAGUCAUUGGAUGUGCCAUCUGUGUUUAUUUGUCCAAUCUCAUUGGACCCAAUGCAAGACCCAGUUACACUUUGCACUGGCCAGACUUAUGAGAGAUCCAAUAUCCUCAAAUGGUUUUGUUUUGGCCACUAUACUUGCCCGACUACAAUGCAAGAGCUCUGGGAUAACACGGUAACUCCAAAUAGAACUCUGCAGCAGCUAAUUUAUAGCUGGUUCUCGCAGAAGUAUUUGGCCAUGAAGAAAAGAUCGGAAGAUGUGCAAGGUAGGGCUAUUGAGAUUUUGGAAACUCUCAAGAAGGUUAAGGGUCAAGCCAGAGUUCAAGCUCUAAAAGAGCUUAGGCAAGUUGUCACCGCACAUGCUACAGCAAGGAAGACUGUACUAGAUAAUGGUGGGGUUGCUACGGUCUCUAACUUGCUGGGUCCAUUCACUACUCAUGCUGUUGGGUCUGAGGCUAUUGGGAUUCUUGUGAAUUUGGAUCUUGAUUUUGCAUCCAAAGAAAAUUUGAUGCAACCUGCGAAGAUUUCUUUGAUGGUGGAUAUGUUAAAUGAGGGUUCAAUUGAGACCAAGAUUAAUUGUACGAGGUUGAUUGAAAUGUUGAUGGAAGGGAAGGAUUUUGAGUCUGAAAACGUGUCAAGCUUGAGUCUUUUGGUUGGUUUGUUGAGGUUGGUUAAAGACAAGAGACAUCCGAAUGGGGUACUAGCUGGACUUGGUUUGUUAAAGAAUCUCUGUUCACACGAAUCCCUUAGGAACUCAGUUGUGAGCAUUGGAGCAAUUCCACAACUAGUUGAGCUAUUGCCCAGUUUGAAUAAUGAGUGUUUGGAGUUAGCACUUCAUAUUCUGGAGGUUCUUUCAACUAUUCCAGAGGGAAGCAAUGCUUUGAAAGAUUGCGCUUUGACAAUACCUAAUGUAGUGAAAUUACUGAUGAAAGUUUCAGAGAGCUGUACUCAGCUUGCAUUAUCGAUAUUAUGGACAGUCUGCAAGCUUGCACCUGAAGAAUGUGCUGCACUUGCUGUGGAGGCGGGUUUGGCAGCAAAGUUGCUUCUUGUGAUACAGAGUGGUUGUAAUCCUGUGCUGAAGCAGAGGUCAGCUGAGCUCUUGAAAUUGUGUAGUUUAAAUUACACAGCUACCAUUUUCAUUUCCAAAUGUAAGCUUACCAGAACAAUACAAUGAAGGAAAAUUUCACUUUAUUGAUGUCUGCCAUCUCCUUUUCCUUUGUCCAAAGAGGCAAAGCCACUGCACUUCUUCAGCUUGUGGGAUGGAGUUAAGUGGGGUUUGCAAGGUACCCCUUUAAAUCUCCCUCUUGUGUAUAUUAAAGAUCUUUCGAUACAAUCUAUCAGUAUCACACAAUAGAAGCAUGACGAUAUGGAUUUGAGGCUAGUUGCAUAUGGUGUAACUAUUAUUUAUCGUCCACAGUCUACAAGCUGGGAUUUGCCAGAAUUUUGCAAUAAUUCCCUGCCAUGUUGUUAUUAAGUUGGAGGUCUCAUGUGUGCCAAAAUGACAUAUUUCUGGUAGUUCCAUGUGAAAGAGAGUUCUGUAAAUUGAGAAGCAUCUGUAGUGGAGGCUUGCGUGGUUUGCAGAUUCAAAGUAUAAAAAAGGGAUGUGGGGAGGAAAUGCUUAUAGGAAUGUUUGUAAUAGCAAGUUAAUUUUGCUCUGUCCGUUUGAUCUUCUUCAUCCUAAACUUCAAGAGUUCAUUCGGAUGAGAGCAAAUGUUUCAUUGCGAUGUAAAAGGUGUUUUGUACAGUUGUACAUCUUAUGUGCUUUCAAUGUAAAAUCAUGCAUAAUGAACACCCAGUUGUAUUUUAUACUCGAUUAACUAUUCGAAUUUUUCA